UCUUUAGGAAAACAUCUUUGUCUCCGAGAGAGAAGGGGAAAAAGUGGAAAAGCAACAGAUCGGAGGGGCGUCUUAUGUUGUCGAAAAACAUCUGAGUCGUCUUUCAGGAUUAGCCGUGCUGAAGGGGAUGCUGGGGGUGUCAGAGAUGACGGGCAGUAACAUGGCCAAUGCCCUGGCAAACGCCUCAUGUGAGCGGUGUAAAAGUGGAUUUGCCCCAGCAGAGAAGAUAGUCAACAGUAAUGGUGAGCUCUAUCAUGAGCAGUGCUUCGUCUGCGCCCAAUGUUUCCAGCAGUUUCCUGAAGGGCUCUUUUAUGAGUUUGAGGGAAGGAAGUACUGUGAGCAUGAUUUCCAGAUGUUGUUUGCUCCCUGUUGUCACCAGUGUGGAGAGUUUAUAAUUGGGCGUGUGAUUAAGGCCAUGAAUAACAGCUGGCACCCGGACUGUUUCUGCUGUGAUAUCUGCCAAGCGGUGCUCGCCGAUGUUGGAUUCGUCAAGAACGCCGGCCGCCAUCUCUGCCGCCCGUGUCAUAACCGUGAGAAAGCUCGAGGCCUAGGGAAGUACAUCUGUCAGAAGUGUCACGCGAUCAUCGAGGAGCAGCCCCUGAUUUUCAAAAAUGACCCCUAUCACCCGGACCACUUCAACUGCAGCAACUGCGGUAAAGAGCUGACCGCUGAUGCCCGCGAGCUGAAAGGGGAGCUCUACUGUCUGCCCUGCCAUGAUAAGAUGGGUGUGCCGAUCUGUGGAGCCUGCAGACGGCCAAUCGAGGGCCGAGUGGUCAAUGCCAUGGGCAAACAGUGGCACGUGGAGCAUUUUGUCUGUGCUAAAUGUGAGAAGCCUUUCCUGGGACACCGCCAUUAUGAGAGGAAAGGUCUUGCUUACUGUGAGACUCACUACAAUCAGCUCUUUGGUGAUGUCUGUUACCACUGCAACAGAGUGAUCGAAGGAGACGUGGUUUCGGCUUUGAAUAAGGCCUGGUGUGUGAACUGCUUCUCGUGCUCAACCUGUAACACCAAACUCACCCUGAAGGACAGGUUUGUGGAGGUGGACCUGAAGCCUGUCUGUAAACACUGUUAUGAACGUCUGCCGGAAGAGCUGAAACGCCGCUUGGCCAAACGUGAACGCGACUCUCGCGAGCGCAGAAAGAAAGCCAUCGCCGUCUGAACAAGUUUGUGGAGUUUGACAUGAAGCCGGUGUGUAAGAAAUGCUACGAGAAGUUUCCUCUGGAGCUGAAGAAGAGGCUGAAGAAGCUGGCCGAGACUUUGGGCCGCAAGUAAAACUCAUCGUAAUCAUCAUCUGUGCUCAAAUCAACAGACCAAACCAAACCAAAGCGCAGAUCAUCUUGGAAUAGUUGUCUUACUUUAUCCUACUUAAACUUUAAGUGUGUUUUUCUACCACAGAAAGUAUUGCAGGCAGAUUUUUACUGGUUUCACGCUAAUGGAUGCGCACGUGUCUUAAAAAAACCUGCAAACUAAUCAAAACAGUUACCUUUAUAUUGUUAAUGAUAAAUAUACAGUCGUGGAAAAAGGAGACUAAUAAAUCUUGAGAAACUGAGUAUGGAUUUGAGGAAAAUGUUAUUUGUUUUAUUCAAUAAAGGAUUUCUGAUAACAUUUCUUUUAAACGUUAAAUCAAAAUAUUGUAAAUAGCAAAUUGCUAAGUGGUUAGAAAAAAAUAAUGUCUUAUUUUGUUGUCUAAAAUUAAAUGUAAACUUGGCUGAAAAUAUGCCACUUUGUUAUUUUAAGCAAAACAUUUCAUCUUAAAAAUCAAAAUAAAUGUAAUCAGACAUUUACAGAAUAAAUACAUUACCUGCCAACACUCCUGUUUUUUCCCAGGAGUCUCCUGUAUUUCCCAUCUCCCGCCACCCUUCCCUUUUGUUACUUUGCCCAGAAAACUCACGUAAUUCCACCCCACCCCCUUUUUCUCAUCUUUUGGUACAGUCUGUAACACCCUUGGUGGUUAACUUUAGUAAAGUAUCCGAUCGCUGCAGCUGCCCUUCUUUUUUUUGUUUUUUUUUCAUCUAUAUUAUAAUAAUAAUAAUAAUAAUUAUUAUUGUUAUUAUUAUAAUAAUAUAGAUGCCAUAUUUUUGUUAGACAUGUUAACAUUAUUUAGUGUUAAUUGCCAAGAAAACAGCAUUUCAUGAAAUGACCCUGUAUUUAAAAAAAUAUUUCAAUGAUUGAAAUUUUCUGAAAAAAAAAAAAAAAUAAAUCUCUUUGAUAUUUGGAAGACAUUAUUAAACCUUUAAAGAACAAUAUGGAAUUAAACCAUACCUGCCAACACUCCUGUUUUUCCCGGGAGUCUCUCGUAUUUCAGACCCAUCUCCCACCAUCCUCCCAUUUUGUUACUUCUCCCGGAAAACUCAACAAUCACGGCUGCAGCCCGCAGCUUGAUGAUGUAGUUGACUACUCCCCCAUCCCCUAUCAACUGUAUAAACCCACACCAAUACACCAACUAUCAAGCCCCCACCCCAACCCUGGUCUCCUGGAAUUUCAGAGACAAAUGUUGUCAAAAACUAAACUUGCUUUAUUCAAACACGUCUAUAUUUUCAUUUAAAUCAGAUUAUUGGUGCCAUAUUUUGUUAGACAUGUUGGUAACAGUUUAGUUUAGGUCACAAUUCACGGUAUUAACAAACCAUUAACCAACGCUACUAGCUUAAUAAACUACUAAUUAAGUGUUUAUUAAUAGUAAUGUAGUAGUUGGGUUCAAGUUUUUGUUAGGAUUAGGGAUGUAGAAUUAGAUCAUACUUUAUAACUAUUGAUGAACAGUUAAUAUCUUAAUAGUAGGCGGGUAAUAUGACGGUUGUUAAUUGCAUGAAUUGUGACCCAAACUAAAGUAUUACUGACUUGUUUAAAUUAAUUAAGUUUUAAGUGCUAAGACGAUAGAAUUUAAUGAAAUAACCCUGAUGUGUAAAUCUCUCUAUUUGAUAUUUGAAAGGCAUUAUUAAACCUUUAUAGAAUAAAACCAAUAUUAACACUUCACUUAAAUCCUUGACCCGACCCCCCCCCCCUACACCGGUAUAAACGUACAUGCAUGUUUAUGAAGAUAAUGUUUGUAUUGGCUGCGUUCAGACGGAUUAUUCGGCAUGUUUUUGCUCUUUUCCUGAAGGCAGAAACUUGUGGUGUGUCUGACCGCAGGCCUGGCUUUGAAGCAUCGAUCUGAGAGAUGUUUUUGAUAUUUAAUGUAUGCUCAGGCCUUGUGUUUUUCUGUCAGAAAGGGGAUCAAAAGUUAAUGCAUGAUGUAAUGAGCCUGGAGGAACAAGACAACCUCUAAAGCAAAGUCUUCGCUCCACUGAACAAAGUGCUCUGGCUGUUUAAUCUCCUUCUCAGCUUAAAUUAUCCAGCUUUAUUAAAGCCCUCACUGUGUUCUCCAAAUAUGCAAUAAAUUACACCGCUUAUAUUACUUCUGAGAGCUUUAUGAACUGUGUUGCCAGUCUUGCGUCAUAACACCCUUGUCUUUUUCUAUUUCGAUUGAAAGUUUAGUUUUUACGACCCGCCUGCCUUCUUUUAUUAUGACUGAGAAAAUGCCUUGAAAUAUAAUGAACUUGUGCCUUGUUUUGUUAUCUGCAUUACUUUUGAUGAUUAAUGAAACGAUUGACUGAAGUCUGGAAGACUCUUUUUAAAAAGGCGAUAAUUAAGAUUUAACCUCACUACGUUUCUACUUUAUAUGCUUAAGUUUUUUUUUUUUUUUUUUAUCUUUGAUUAUAUAUUUAGCCAUGUACUGUUCAUGAAAUGUCUUUUUACCGUUACGGUCAGCAAUAUUGAGCAACAGCAAAACUGCUUUGUGCUUGUCUCCUAUCACUGUCUGUAUUCACUGAACGAUGCAUUUCAGCAAAAUAUGUAUUGACAGGCUUGCUGGCAGCUUUUAAAUAAUACAUUUCACCAUGUUCUGUAUGGAAUAUCAAAGUAUAUCAAUAAAGUAUGCACUAUUUAA